GUAUAUGGAUAAUGAUUUAACAAUAUCCAGUUUGCAGUUAUUUGUAUAGUUUCUUACAAAUAAUAAAAUAGUAUUAUAGAUUAAAAAGUCUCUGAGAAGAAAGCCAAGCAAUGGCACCAAAAAAAAAAUCAAAAGCAAAUAAAAGUGGCCGCUCAAGUGCCGGAAUUGUGGACGGUGUAUCCAUCGCUGAAAUGUCUAGGGAACAACUGGAAGGAUUUGCGACAAGGGUGAAAAAAGAAUUGGAACGUGAAAGAGAAGAAAGAAAUUUCUUUCAAUUGGAACGAGACAAAAUUUUAACAUUUUGGGAGAUCACUCGUCAAGAAAUGGAAGAAAAUAGGGCUUCGCUUAGGAAUAAGGAUAGAGAAAUUGAAGAAAUUGAAGAAAAACACCAGGAAGAAAUUAAAGUUUACAAACAAAAAAUGAAGCUAUUAAUGUAUGAGCAGCAUGUACAUCUUUCUGAAAUACAAGCUGAAAAUAUGGUGUCGUUAAAAAUUAAUAAUGAUGACCAUAUAAAAGAGGAAGAAGAUUUAAUAAAAGAAAACGAUGUUUUAAAACAAGAGAUCGUGGAAAUGAAUUUUCGACACAUAGAGGAAAUUCAUAACAUAAGACGAGAACACGCUAAACUUAUUAGAGAGUUAAAGGAAAGAUUUACAGAAGAUUGUAGACUAAUCGAAGGAAAAUAUCAGAAACGUAUGGAAGAUCUUAGGGUUCGAAUGAGUAUAAAAAAUAAAGUGGAAGUGGCUGAAACUGAGGCAACUAAAAAUAAAAUAAUUUCUGAAAUCAUAGAAGAUCAUAACAACGAAUUUAACAAUCUAAAAGAACACUAUAAUGAUAUAACUGUUAAUAAUUUAACUUUAAUCGCUAGCUUAAAAGAAAAGUUUUUAGAAUUAAAAGAAGAUCAAAAAAGAGCAGAAAUGGAUCUAAAUUUAAUGACUAAAGAAAAUGAAUCAUUAAAAGAACCUUUGAAAGAAGCAAAGAAUAGCGUAGAACAGCUAACUCAAAAAAUGAUUAAUUACAGUAAUGACAAACAGCGGUUAGCAGUUAUCACAAAACGUUUGAAACAUACUUUAGACAAAUAUAAAAAUUUACAAGGGAAUUAUGACGAAAUGCAAAUGAACUUUGAAAGAGCUCAAAAAGAACUGGAAACAACAAAAGCUGAGUACUCAGAUAAGAUAAUGCGUUUACAAAUUGAAUACAGUAAACGAUUAUUAAUAACGGAAAAUCGUGUCAAACAAGUUAAAGAAAUUUUAGAGGAAAAAGAAGCUCAGGUUGCACGUAUCAGUGGGGCAAUAUCAUCAGAUACGUCUAUUGCUAUGGCAAUGAAUUUAAAAACAGAAGAAUUACUUGCAAAAAAGAACACUCAAAUUGAGCAAGUAUGGAAUGAUCUAAUGAUAGUAACGAAAAAGUAUAAUCAACUCUGUAGAAACUUUAAAGAUAAAUUUAAAGAACACAGUUUGUCACAAGAAGAUAUUUAUGAGUUUACCUUUUCUGAUAAAAACGAGUACCUCAAGAGUGUAUAGAUACAAUGUAAAUUUCAUCUAUGAAAUCAUAUUUGCUUAACUUGUUAAUUUAAGGCGUUUAAAGUUUUAGUAUUUCUUUAGGCAUCUUUAUUUUUAGCUAAUUUAAACUCUUGUAUAGUGAAAUAUUUUUUUAAAGAUAAACAGGGUUCAGUAGUUUGAGUCUUAUUGCAAUCGUUCAAAUUUGGAAUAAGGUUCGUUGUAAUAACAUAUCUUUUUUUGAACAAAAAUUACAACAUAAAACUUCUGCUUUAUUGGUCAUAACUACAUUUGUAACAACUCAUGACACAAUAAUUCCAUAUUUUUCUUCGGGAACUGGGGAGUGGAAUCAAAACUGAACUUUUAUAUCUAGCAUUGCAUUAUAAUGUCAAAUAUAAAUAAAUAAUUGUAUUUAAUAUUAUAAUAUAACACACAAUAGUCAAUAUGAUCAGAUUAUUAAAACAGAUGCUAUGUAAAUAAAAUAUUUUUACCAAUU